GGCAACUACCACUCAAGUAAAAUCAAUUCUCGAAGCAACUUGAAGGAAACAAUUUCUCGCAAUCUGUAACUUUAAACAACAACACGAUCGACCUUAAUUCGUGAACGAUGCACAAUGAUUAGCCAUUUAUCGGAUAUCUCCAAAGUCCUUGCUCUCAAGAGUAAUCAUGACUGAACCAAUUAAGCUCACUCUCCUCAGUGAAUCGCGACUUGAUCCCAGGCUGCGUAACGGCCUUCUCACAUAUAACCCCCAUAUUGAACUCUUUGCCGGCGCCGCUGGGCCAAAGACCCUCCAAAUUUGGCGAUCAAAUAGCCAAAUUGUGACAAAGAGCAGCCAGCGUGGUGAACGAGACAAUGUCGAAGCCCUCUGCUGGAAAGCUGACGGCCAGUUCCUUGCCGUUGCAUGGAGCGAUGGAGUGGUGAGGUUGAUGGGUUUGGAGACGAAUAAGGCCGUCCAUCAAAUGCCAAUAUGCGAGACGGGCAAAUCUCGGAUCACCUGCGUUGGUUGGGGACGUAACAAUGCUGGAAGACGCCCAGCUUCAGCUUCUAUCUCUUCAUCACUGUCCUUAGAAGACGUUCUACCCAAGGGACUAUUCCCAAGCGGCAAAAACCCCGUCGUGGAUCUUCCUCGAGAGCUUACGUUUCUUGAAGUGGAGACCGCUCUUCCAAAGCUUAGUCCUUUACCUGCAUCGGGUGGUUCAGGUGAUGACUCCUUCGUAUUUACUACUAGGGCAUCGUUGGAAUUUUUAUUCCAGCCCUUCGCCCCCCAUGACAGCGAUAAAGUCGACGUCAUGAUUGUUGGCACUGACGAUGGGCGAGUACAUGUCAGUAUCUACGAUUCAUUUAUCAUCGGGACUUUCAACUAUGCUCUGCCACAGUCUUCGGGGAGGAAUACUCUUUUACAACUAUGCCACCAUGCCUCUCACCCUGACUUAUCAACACACAUUUUGGUUUUCAAACCAUCUAAAGACAACAAGACAUCAACUGUGUAUCUCAUUCCUAUGGAUUUGACCUUCAUCCACUCCUCGCCAGAGAAUCUAUCCCUGUUAGCUUCGAAGACCACAACUCUACAAAAGCUGUUAAGAUAUGUCAAGCAGGUGCAGAUGCAUAUGAUACAUGAGUGGCAGUCAACUCGAGAGCUUCCAACCAAGUUUUUGAACAGCAUCAACGAGACGUUACGAGAGUCGGGAAACUAUGGUGAAAUGACAAUUGGACAGGCGCUGUACCACUCAGUUGUCACAGGUCACACGUUUCCAGAUGUCCGAGAAUGGCUAGUUGAUCAAUUAGCUGAGAGAGGCCAUAAACGCUGGGAUAAAGCAGUUGUGUCAGGCCUGCAGGCACUCCGUAGUCUUGUCCACGAGAACUUUCUUCCGGCCCUGGAGCGCAUUGGUAUUAUUCUCAGUCGUCUCCUCGGCAUUGCGAGGUUUCAUGAGUCGAAGGCCGAGACCGGCUUCACCGGCGCGCAGAUUACUAGAAUUAUGGAUAUUGUAUCCUGCUUAAUGCUAGUAGGGAACAAGAUCCUAUUACUCGUCAUGGAAGAGCUAGAACUGUUCCAAUCUUUCUCAAUCUGGCUUCGUCACGAGAUCGAUAAGCUCGCAUCUUCAUCAGGGACAGAUGAGCUAACAGAAAAAGAGGCAACAAUGGAACAUGGAAAGAUUCUAGCUUACAUCCAACAAUAUAUGCCUGCCAGUCCUUUGCGGCAUCAUCUUAGUAACGUCGCCGCAGAAAACACAGAGAAAGGUCGCCAGCAAGCCGAAGGUGGAAGCUCUCUAUUAGAACUACUUAGCAAGCAGAUCAAGAAGCAAGAUUCCGGGCAGCCUGAUGAGAGCAUAUUCUCGCAGGUUGAAUUCCUGUGCGGAUAUAUGGACGACAAGGCUGAUGCAAUAUUCGAAGGCAUCGCAGAAGCCGAAAAACGGAGUGUGCGAUUUGGCCAGCCAACUACUAUCAAAUUGGAUAGUAACAUAUCUAUGAUCGAUGUUACGAUGUCUGUCAUUUCUAAUUCUGAUACGCCUCAAGCGAUGACGUACACAGCUCUUACAACAGAGAAGAAAGACCGCACCGUAUACAUAUUUCGAACGGCCAUGAGCGUACACAACGGGAUAAGUGGUUCGGUCAUAACCUCGGUCUCCUGCAUGGACCUUGGCGACGGAACAGUGCUUAAUCUAAAAUUCCUGUGUAACAACAGUCUACUCGUCCUAUGGGCGCCAAAGGGCCAAUCACCGCGGAUUAUCAGUAUACCGCACAAGUCCGACGAGUUGGGCUACCAACCAUAUAGCCCCGGGGACGUUGUGACCCCUCAUGUCCUCAGCAACGAUCAAGUUACCAGCGUAUUCACGAACAUGGAAGUACCUUGCGAGCCUAGCUUUACGCCGGCAUUCAUGGAGGUUAAGGCGGCUAGCUCGGAACGAGGUAGUAUACCGCCGCGGGUUUGUUUGCUUGGGAGUGACUUGCAGACGUAUAAGGUAUUUGCUUUGCCGGAGAGUGAAUUUGGAGAGGCUGCAAAAAAUUAGGGUGAGAUUGCGUACACACCUAAUGAAAAAUGCGUGGUCUUUCUCCUAUGAGGUACCUAGAUACUUAAAAUAGACCUGUCAACUGAUAAAUGGCGAAUCAUAAUCACGUUUAUGGGAACCUUAGAG